UUACUUAACAGACAUGAGGAAACAAAGUGAUAAAGCUCGUUAGCCUUCCUUUUUUGUCUUUUAUCAUAUCUAAAAAACAGAACCAUGUGAAUAGAGGUCUGUGUAUGUCCCAUACUUUUAAUGGUUUUAGGAUGGCUUUUAAAGUCUUUCGUUAAUCUAUAUAAUACAUUUUAAGGCAGAGCACCAACUUUUCAAUACAAACCUUGAAUCUUAGCAUCUAUCCGUUUCUCAUAAGCUUUCAAAUUUCAAUUUUCAAGAAAUGGCUUUGUUCAGAGGUCUCUUGAGUGCAAAGAGGAUUAUUGGCCUUUCUGUAGCGACGACUACAAGCAAAAGGACAGUUUCAGCGCCAAAGGGGUUUCUUGCGGUCUACGUUGGUGAAGACCAUGUCCAUAAAAAGAGAUAUAUCGUGCCAAUCUCAUAUUUGAGCCAGCCUUCUUUUCAAGCUCUUCUCAGUAAAUCCGAAGAUGAAUUUGGAUAUGAUCAUCCAAUGGGUGGAUUAACGAUUCCUUGUCCUGAAGAUACCUUCAUCAACGUGACUUCCCUGCUUCAAUAGUGAUUGUUCCACAAGGAAAAGAAACUGACAUUAGUUAGAGAUAGAACUGUUCAAUGUAAAUGUGUUAACGGUUUUCCUUGUUCAAUGUGAAUAUGACCAUUUGACAAAACAAAAUUGUUUGAUUUCUGAUA